CGGGCGCGUGCGGUCUGAUGGCCCUCAACGCGUCCCCUCAGCGCCUCGGUGCUUUUCUAGGGAGAACCGUUAAACUCACCUUAAAAUGCGGCGUUUUUCAGGGCAUCCUGCAGCACGUCAGCCCCGAGCGGAGCCUCCUCCUGCGGGCAGUGAAGAACUUGGAAACUGGCAGAAGCACUCCAGGAGUAAAGAUGUUUUUUGACUGUGAAAUACUCAAUGUGGAAUUGCUGGAUGAACCAGAUUCAGGGGAGGGAACAGGAAUGCUCUCUGAAUGCACUUCAGCUGUUGAAGGGAACGAACAAGCAGACACGCGACCAGCAGAUCGUGGCCCAUGGAGUUCUCCUUGUGCUUCCCCAGAGAGACAGCUCAGACCCUCAAAUACCUUAAAAUACUCCCUCUCAGAGAAGAGGGAAGAAGAGAAUGUGGAGUACGCAGUUAUUGAUUGUUUCCAGCAGAAAUUUGCCCCAGCAGUGCUGCACCUAAAACGGCAAUGUGUCAUCAGUAUAGCAGGAGAAGGUGUUAAUUUGUGUCGUCAUGGAAAACUCUCUUGGCUUGAGAUAGCAACAGAGAGCUGCAUUUUUCUAUUUGAUAUCUUCCUUCUGGGACCUCAGGCUUUCAAAAAUGGAUUACAAAUGGUGCUGGAAGAUAAGAACAUUGUGAAGGUCAUGCAUGACUGCCGCUGGAUCUCCGACUGCCUCUUUCACCAGUAUGGUGUCCUUCUCUUCAAUGUCUUUGAUACACAGGUUGCUGAUGCUCUGCACUUCUCCGUGGCAACAGGCGGCUUCCUUCCACACCGUGUCUGCACAUUACAGGAGUGUGUGAUGCAGCACUUGAAGAUACCUUCCAAAGGGGAUGCCAUCAUGAAGUGCAGGCAGCAGAUGGCUUCAGAGAAUCCUGACAUAUGGUUCUUGAGACCGUUUCCAGCUUCUCUGUGUAAAGCACUUGCUCUGAAGGCUAGGUACCUUCUGCUGCUCCACUCAUCUUUAAUGGAGAACUUGAUGUCUGACCUAACAGCUGUAGUACAUGAUUAUUUAAAUGUUUAUCGGACUAGGUCUGAACAUCACCUUCGGAGCACAAAGCCCACUUGCAUGGAGCUGCCAGAGGAGCUGCGUCAGCUGGCAAAGGUCCAGAAGCUGCGAAGGGAGAAAGCAGUAAAAGACUAUGGAAUGAAUGAGGAUGGUCUUUUGAUCAGACCAGCCAUGGAAUUAAGAGAGAGAAAUGAUCCACAGAAGAAUGGAAACUACAAAGGUGACAGGGAUUGCCUUCCCACAAAUAAAGUGGUGUCUGAAAUGACAUCCUUCUACAAUCAGGAUGUAGUUUGUCAAGAAAAGCUUGAAAAUCAAAAUCAGGUGGUAGAUCUGUGGAAGAAUCUCAGACCAACCUCAAGCUGGCUGUAAGAACCUAAUUUAUGCUACAGGUGACUUGGUGAGCUUAUACUGGGUAUCCAAAUGAAAAAAGGGGCUAUUCCCCAUGCAGAAGUGUCAGACAAAGGCUCAUUUCUUUACAAUGACAGGUAAACCCAUUAUUUAAUGGAAACAGUGAUGUUUUUUCUUUAGAAGGCAAUUCUUUCUGUGUCUGAUGUUCUUCUUGAGGUCUAUUUUUGAGAUCCAUUUUUUUCAAGAGCGAUUUUUAAAUUUUGAAACAGUGACUUUUGUUUUUCUUGCAUUGUUAUCAGACCAAUGUCUUAAAUUGUAUUGGUUCUUUUGUUACCUGUUGCAGGUAUGCCGAAGUCUCAUUCAAUCUACAUAUGUAAACAGGGGAACUUAGAAAAUGCCUGUUCAUUGAGAUUAGAAGGGGUUUUCUUGGAAAAAUGAAUAAACCUUCUGGCCAACCCACGUGGGCUUGGUUUAUAUACAGAUAAGUCUCUUGGCAUAGCUAUACAACAGUCUGUCAUAGGAAAGUGAAAAAGAUCACACCCUAAUGAACCACUGUGCUGGCAAAACCAGCAAAGAGGUAUACUAAUAGAAAGGACAUUUCUGCCAAGUCAGAGUUAUUUUAGGCUAACUGAGAGAAGAAGCUUCCUGGUGAAAGUUGUACGCCACUGUUGUCAGCACUGCUGUAUCAGACUUGUGUAGACAAGGCUGUAACAGUGAUGUGGUGUGUGUAUAUCAACAAGUGUGUAUAAAGGGGGAAAAAAAAGCAGUUAAAAUAGUUUAAAAGAUGUAUAGCAUCCCCCCUCCUCCCCCCCCCCCCCAAGCAAAAUAAGAUCUAAAGGCAAAACUAGUUUACUUCCAGUAUACUUGCUUUGGCUGAUAUUCCCUAAAAGUAAAGCUCCUCCAACUGAUAAUACUAUUGUACCACAUGACAAAAUUAACGCAGGCCAUGCCCGAGUCUUGGAACAUUUUUUUUGGCAUCUCACUAUAUUUGACUUGCAAGCAUGGGACCGUUGAAAAUUCUUUGCUUUUGAAAUUCUGAAUUUAUGCAUGUUUAUGUAUUUAAAUACAUGCAAAA